CCUUCCACCCUCUUUCUAUCUUCACCUCCCUCGAUUCGGCGAAUAGGUUUUCAUUCAUUCUCGCACUUCACCCUUUCCCCCCUUCUCUCUCACUCUCUCAUAUCCAAACACACAACGAGGGUUUCUCACUUUCUCUUCUCAUCAAACUCGUUCGCUUCUUUUAACUUCGAUUCUUCUCUGAAUGUAAUUCAGAUUCAUUUCACUUCGCUCUUCGGUUUUUAGGGCUUUGCUUCUUCUCUCUCUCUCUCUCUCUCUUCCCCAAAACCCUCUCUCUCUCUCACUCUGAGAUUUGUAUCUUGAUUGCUCGAUCUCGCCAUGGAGAAUCGAGAUUCGUCAUCGUCGUCGCCGUCGUCCGCCACCAAUCGCGAUGCUUCCUCCGCCACCGACGCCGACGACGGGAUUUUCACGGUUACUGUCGCGCUUGCUAAAGAUGCUGCGUUGCAUUUUCAGUCUGGGAAGUUCGCUGAAUGCGCUGAGGUUUUGCACCAGCUUUUGCAGAAGAAGCAGGACGAUCCGAAGGUCCUCCAUAAUAUUGCAAUUGCGGAAUUCUUUCGAGAUGGUUGUUCAGAUCCCAAAAAGUUGCUUGAAGUAAUUAAAGGAAUCAAGAGAACAAAUGAUGAGCAUACUCAGACUUCUGGAGAACAAGGAGAAUCACUUAACAAUGCCGGGAGUAAAGACGUUUCGGGAUCCAAAGGAAGUAACCCUUCUGCACUUCAGUUUUCAGGUGCAAAUAGCACCACCACAAUUCAUAAAGAUGAAUUUGACUCUUCUGUGGCAAUGCUAAACACUGCCAUUAUCUGGUUCCAUCUUCAUGACUAUGCAAAGACAUUAUCAGUUUUGGAACCCCUCUUCCAAAAUAUUGAACCUGUAGAUGAGCAGACAACGGCUCUACAUAUUUGCCUUUUGCUGCUUGAUGCUAGCCUUGCUUGCCAUGAUGCAUCAAAAUCAGCUGAUGUGUUGACUUAUCUGGAAAAAGCAUUCGGUGUUAGUAGCGUGAGUCAAGGUGACAGUGGGAACACAGCACAACAGCAAUCUGCAAAUCUAAUUACAAAGUCUGCACCAGUCACCUUGAGUGCAUCAGCUGCUGAUGCAUCCAGUUCUGAUCUAGGGUCAACUGCUAAUGCAUCUGAAAAUCAUCUGUCCAGAGCUGAAUCUGAAGAUACACUUGAUUAUGAGGCCAUGAUUGUGGAUAUGGGUGGACAAAGUUUAGCCAGGGCAAUGGGUCCAUCUUCAAAUGAUAUUUCUAGGGCUUCGGUUGACAGGUUUUCAACUGUUGAUUUGAAGCUUAAGUUGCAGCUUUACAAGGUUCAGUUUCUUCUUCUUACUAGGAACCUAAAGCUAGCCAAGAGAGAAGUUAAGCUGGCUAUGAACAUUGCACGUGGAAGAGAUUCACCUAUGGCUCUUCUUCUGAAAUCUGAGCUUGAAUAUGCUCGUGGUAACCACCGCAAAGCAAUAAAGCUAUUGAUGGCAUCAAGUAAUCGAACAGACACAGUUUUCUCAAGCAUUUUUAACAACAAUCUUGGGUGCAUUUACUAUCAGCUCGGGAAAUAUCAGACAUCCUCAUUAUUCUUCUCAAAGGCUUUAACUAAUUGUUCGUCCCUGCGAAAGGACCAACCAUUAAAGCUAGCCACUUUCUCGCAGGAUAAUUCUCUCCUUAUAAUGUACAACUGUGGUGUGCAGUACUUGGCUUGUGGGAAGCCAGUACUUGCUGCUCGGUGCUUCCAGAAGGCAAGUUUGGUCUUUUACAAACAGCCUCUCUUGUGGCUCCGACUCUCAGAAUGCUGUCUGAUGGCUUUAGAAAAGGGCCUAAUAAAAUCAAAUCGGGUUCCUUCAGAAAAUUUAGAGGUUGGAGUUUGUGUUGUUGGGAUGGGAAAAUGGAGGCAACUUGUUGUGCAAGAUCAAAUUCCAGGAAAAGGAAAUGUGGACUCAUCUGAAGGGAAUGAUUGCUUUUCAAGUGAAAAUGGGCGGCAGAAGUUAUCGAUGUCCCUUGCCCGACAGUGCCUCUUGAAUGCUCUGCACUUGCUGGACUCCUACAGUACAAAUUGUUUGAAGUCUGGUUUGCCCUCUAAUUCUUCAGUGGAAGAAAUUGAUCCAAAUGAAGUGUCACUGUCAAAGAGUUCGAAUCUUAAAAACUUGCAUGGGGUUGAUUCAAAGGCAUUUUCUGUAGCAGUAGGCUUAGGUCAGGUUAAUUCAAAUGGGGACGUAAAAGAACAAAAGGGAGGAACUAGUCAGGAACUCAUUCAGAACUCUCUCUCCUAUUAUGAAGAUGUCCGUAGAAGAGAAAAUCAAUUGAUCAAGCAAGCUGUUCUUGCUAAUUUAGCAUUUGUGGAGCUAGAAUUGGACAAUCCUGUGAAGGCACUGUCAGUUGCAAAACGUCUCCUAGAACUUCCAGAAUGUUCCAGGAUUUACAUCUUUCUAGGUCGUGUUUAUGCAGCAGAGGCUCUCUGCUUGCUAAACAGACCAAAAGAAGCUGCUGAGCUCUUGUCAAUUUAUUUGUCAGGGGGAAACGAUGUUGAUUUGCCAUUCAGCCAAGAGGACUGUGAGAAAUGGCAGGCGGAGAGGACUGCUGAAUUUGAAGAGGUAAAUGGAGGAUCCACUGCUACCAAUAAUUCUUCUUUUGAGGACACUCGAAGGAUUGUUUUCCUCAAACCAGAGGAGGCACGGGCUACAAUUUAUGCAAACUUCGCAGCAUUAUCUGCCAUGCAGGGUGAAUUUGAGAAAGCAAAUGUAUUGGUUACGCAGGCAUUGUCCAUAUUACCCAACAGUCCAGAAGCCAUACUUACUGCAGUUUAUGUGGAUCUCUUGGUUGGCAAGCCACAGGAAGCUCUAGCCAAAUUAAAAAGUUGUAGCCGAAUUAGGUUCCUUCCUAGUGGAGUAGCAUUGAAUAAAUCUUCUUGAAUGUUGUAUGCUUGGAUUUGUCAUUGUGCCUGGUCCACCUCUCAGCGUUAGUUAGCAGGUAGCUUAAUCCUUCCAUAGCAUUUGUAACAUAUAUAAGUUCAAUUCAGAGAACAAUUUUUUUAUGAUUCGUUUUCCUUUAUAAUUCUCAAAUUUAGGGUUCACUUACAGGGGGUGGCUGUGUCUUGUUUAGUGCUGGUGCCCACCUUUGAAAUUUGAGGUGUAGAUCUGAUUCGGAUUGUUUUUACUUUUUAGAGGCUAAUUUAGUCGAUAUUCAAGAAUUGAUGUCAUGUGCUUAUAUUGAGAAAACUGAAAAGUUGAUAUUUAUUCUGGAAUUCCAUUUUUAACCUGUUGGAGUUCGCCC